AAAACCAUUAAAUGGAGGUUACUCUCUCGUUUUCAUUUAUCCCGUAUAAAUGCAAUUAAUUAAAUAAUCUAAAUAACAAACAGCCGAGAUGUGCAACAAAUUCUUUAUCGUGGAAAUAACAUCAUUAACUUUACGCUGAUAAGACUAAUAUGUUAAACGCACUAGCAACCCAACACAAAGUCAGUUCGAAAUGUUCCACUCAUAGUGUUAUCACCUUUAACAAAAAAGUGUCUUCCUGAAAGAUUUAUCUACACAUAAAUAUAUAAAUAGUGCUCAGUUUGUUGUGGAUGAUAGAAGUAUGAUGGGAAAUCCUAAAGUUCCAGUUCUAUGCAUUUAUGCAUUAACAACUUUAGCGAUAUUAGAUGGGGCAAAUUCCCAGAUGUCGUGUUCUUAUGGAGAAAGAGGAUCUUUGACAGUGUACUGCACCAAUGCUACUUCGAUAUUUUUCAAACUAGUUUCAUACAGAUUCGAUCACCUUGAUGAAACUUUAAAAUGUGUGAAUUGCUCCUUGACCACAUUGGACCCAGGCACCUUCGAUAUAAGUGGAAACCAAAUCAAAACUUUGGAUAUUCGAAAUAGUUCUAUAAAAACUAUUUGGCCCAAAGCUUUCAUCGGUUUAAUAUUUAUGGAAAAAUUGCUACUAUCGGACAAUCCCAUUAUAAACAUAUUCGCAGGAGCUUUUGUCGGCAUAAGGAAAGUUAAAUACAUAGAAAUCGAAAAUUCUAUAUCGUCACUGGAUCCGUAUGUUUUCCAAGAACUUCGACUGUUAGAAGUCUUAAAUUUAAGAAGAAACAAACUGUCGGUAUUGUUAGAAAACACUUUUCAAGGAUUAGAAAACCUUAAAAUACUAGACCUGAGCUUUAACCAACUUAGAACUUUUAGCAGUUGCUUUGCACCACUAUUAUCAUUAAGAGUUUUAAUACUGCAAGAUAAUAAAAUAACUAAAAUUAAUGGCAAUGAAUUUAGUAACCUGUUAACGCUGAUUCAGCUAAAUUUAGAAAGCAAUGAUAUAACAAACUUCACUAUUAACAUAGAUCCCAAUAACAACCUUAGAGUGCUGAAUCUCGCGAGGAAUCGACUAACAAGCGAUGGAGUGGGAACUUUCAAAAAUUUGAAUAAUUUGGAAGAUCUCGACUUGAGCAAAAAUUUAUUCACCAGAAUACCUUCUAAAUUUUUCCUAGGAUUAUUCCGACUAAGAAACUUAAAUCUCUACGCUAAUCAAAUUAAAGAAUUUUCUACUGGGACAUUUUCGGGAUUGCCUCACUUAAUAUACCUAAAUCUUUCCAGCAAUAAUUUGGAGACUGCUAAAAUUAGCGGUCGACUGUUACUACACAGUUUGCAUACUUUGGAUUUGUCAAACAACCACAUAAAAGAAUUUGAUUAUAUAUCGUUCAUAGCGAGUAUGCCUAGAAUAACGCACAUAAAUCUGUUAAAUAAUUACUUACCUUGUCACAUCGCAGCUGAAAUAGAAACUCUGUUUAAUGAAGACAACAUAAGAUUUUAUAUGAGCAAUAAUAAAACUGUUGAGAGUUGCGAUACUGCGCCUAGAUCCCCGCAAGAAAUUAUUCAGGAACUCAUUGAUGAAAAGUAUAAGGAUUCAUCAAAUGCUCAAACAUCGGAAGUUGUAUUUAUUCUUUUAAUUUGUAUCAUUAUAGUUUUAGUAGCUAUUUUGUUUUAUGUACAAUUUUUUAUUCUUUAUAGAAUACCAGGAGAAACACUUAAUAUUCGCAUAAUGAACAGUCCUGGCAGCAGUAGUUAAAUCAUUAAGGACUUUUGUAAAUAAAAUAAUUCCUGAUAUUACCAAAAAUGUACCUACUUUACCGGUUGCUUAAUCCUGAUAAGGAUUAUACUAAUUAACAACAUUUUUGUUUAGUUUACUAAAAUUUACUGACUUUAAUUCCGUAAGUGAACUAUUUUAAAAUUACUAUUUCCAAAUUUAACUUUUAAAAACUUGUAAUGUAUAAAUCAUUGUCACUGUAUAUAUUAAUUUAAAGUUAGAUUAGAUCAUUUAAAUAUACCUAUUUUUACAAUGUAAAAACGCAUCUUUUAUAACAAUUACAAGUAAAUUAAA